AUGAAAGUUUUAAAGGUAGAUGAAUAUCCGCUAACUAAUUUCGAGGUGAAACAAGUGGUUGAACAACAUUUUGAAUUUAGAAAAGAAAAAUUCGGUGUGAGAGAAUUUAAUUUUAAACGAAAUAGAGAUCCCUUGUUGGAUUUUGAAUGUCGUUUACUGUAUUAUUUUGACAAGCAAACAAUAGUGAAAUAUCAAAAUGAAGAAACUAUUCGAAAUUUACUUAAAGAGUUGGAGCCUUACCGUUUAACCAAGUUAGAAAAGAUGUUGAUGGUGAAUAAUCCUCCAUCGACUCUUGUUGAAAUUCACUCGAUUAUUGACAGUUGUGAGUCACGAUACAAUGAAGAGGACAUUUUGAAAAUGCUUGAAAUUAUUAACACUAAUUUAUUGAAAACACCAACUGCAUCUGCAAUUUCUUCAGAUAGCUCUGAGAAGAAAAACAAGAAAGACAGAAAGUCCAAAAACAAGGCUGGCGAGAGAACCACUUGGUAUGAAUUCAUUUCGAAUAUUGAUGCAGCGAGAAAAAAAAAGCAAGAUGCUCAAAACAAACAAAAGGAACAAACUAAGGAAGGCACUAGUGGAACCAGCACAGACACCACUCAAAAAAGUGACGUGAUGGACAUUCUGUAA